CGGCUUCAAGGGCCCAGAUUUUUUGUCCCACCAUUGCCUCUAUAAAAACAUAUGGACGACCCCAGUGACCUCUUUUCCUUUCUUCUUCGUUGUGAACUCCAUUCAAUAGCAUCUAAACCUCUAAUAAAUCUCUCCAAAAUCUUCCAUUCUUCCUGCGAGCUGUCAAGAACAGUAGGAACUCCAACAGUAGCAGCAGUAGUUUGAAGCUUUUCGAGAGUUUGAAGCUUCCUUUCGCUGUCAUGACUUAAUUCGUGGAUUAGAGUGUAAUUCUAGCAUCUUAUUUCUAGUGGAACUCUAUUCCUAUGAGAUUGUGAGGACUUUCUCUGAUUUUUACUGCUGAUUGGAGGAUGAGAGAGGCUCUUUUGGUGGUCGAGUCGUUGCCUAGUUGGAUUAACUCAAAAGGGCUUUCUAUGUAUAUGACGGGUUUGUUGGCGAGCCCGAGUUUGGCUGCAACUCGAGGGAGGAACAUAAUUGUCUCAGGAAGUGAGGAUGAUGACGAUUUCUUCAAGAAAUGCCCGGCUUCGCGGUGCGCGGAAGGCGGCCUGGAUAUCAGAUUUCCGUACAGGCUCGACUCGAGCCCUUCGUUCUGCGGCGCUCCUGGAAUGGAGCUCUCGUGCUCGGGCAACGACACCGUCCUAGCGUUCCCGCAUGCAGGAUCUUUCAUUGUGACUACGAUCGACUACUGUUACGGUGAGAUCACGAUCAAGCUGGGAGGUUCGUGUUUACAUGGCUUGACGGGAAACCUGGGAUUCGGCAAUCUAACCGCUUCGGUGUAUGAACCAUUGGAGAGUUACAACAUCAGCUUGCUAGGCUGCCCAAGAAAAUGGACACCUGCAGACGAAGACUAUGUACUUAUCGCAGGCCCUAUCUCUUGCCUUAGCACUGCAUCGCAACUUGUUUAUGUGGUGUUUGCCUAUGAUGAUUUUCGCGCUCUUCCUUCGGAUUGUCGGGUGAUCGCAGACAAUCUUACAAUUUCCUUUCGGCGUAUGACCAAAUCCAAUUAUGAUUGGCCCACCUUCAAGGAAUGGGCGGCCGCCUUAAAGGAAAGGGUGGCCGAUCUCAUAACGUGUGGCGAGGUGACUCUAAGGUGGUCUGUUCCUCAAAUAACCGAUACAUGCAUUCAAUGCGAAAAGGCGAAAAAGUACUGCAGAUUUAGCUCGGUGACCAACCAAGCAUUCUGCCCGCACGGUCCAAAUAUCACGCUAUUCGCAGCAACAUCUUCCGCCGCAUUUAUUAUACUUUUGUUGCUGGUUGUUAUCUUAGUCUUCUUCUAUAGACGAUCCAAAAAGGAAAAGGAAAUACGUUUGAAGGUGGAGAAAUUCCUCGCGUCGUACAACACCAUAAAACCGACUCGGUACACCUUCUCGGAGCUUAAGAAGAUUACUAAAAGAUUCAAGGAUAAACUGGGCCAAGGUGGCUUCGGGAGCGUCUACAAGGGCGAGUUAGCAAAUGGAAUUCCUGUUGCGGUAAAGAUGCUCGCGAGAUCUACGGGAGACGGUCGAGAGUUCACCAACGAAGUCGCGACAAUCGGACGAAUUCACCAUUUCAAUGUCGUUCGCUUGUUGGGAUUUUGCUCGGAAGGAACCACACGGGCACUUAUUUAUGAGUUCAUGCCAAAUGAAUCACUAGAGAAGUACAUUUUCUCUAAAAGUCGGAAUACCCUUCAUGAGCCACUAAAAAUGGAGAAAUUGUUAGAGAUCGCAACAGGAAUUGCUCGGGGGAUCGAGUAUCUGCAUCAAGGAUGCAAUCAACGCAUUCUGCACUUUGACAUCAAGCCUCACAACAUUUUAUUGGAUCGCAAUUUCAACCCCAAGAUAUCCGACUUCGGUCUCGCGAAAUUGUGCUCGAGAGAUCAAAGCAUUGUUACGAUGACCGCGGCAAGGGGCACAAUAGGCUAUAUCGCGCCGGAGAUGUAUUCGAGAAACUUCGGAGCCGUGUCUUACAAAUCGGAUGUCUACAGUUUUGGAAUGUUGGUGAUGGGAAUGGUUGGCGGUAGGAGGAAUGUCGAUCCGCAAAUUGAGAACCAAAGCGAGUUUUAUUUUCCGGAGUGGAUUUAUGAUCAACUAGUGAAUGGGCAAGACAUUGGGCCGGCGAUAGAGAUAGCAAAUACAAGCGAAAUAGAAAUUGUGAAAAAACUCGCAAUUGUAGCAUUGUGGUGCAUACAAUGGGAUCCGAGGGAUCGGCCGUCGAUGACGAGAGUUGUGCAGAUGCUGAUCGGCGAUUCGCAAAAUUUGCAAAUGCCACCGAAACCAUUUGUGUCCUCACCAGGCCAAGAUGUAAUAAUCGCAGCUCCAAAUGAAGAAUAGGAGCAUUGUCCGGUCCCUAGCUACCUUUUGAACAUCACGUAUUAAUUCGAGUUCGUAGUUAUUUUGUAACUAAUUAUCCUUGUUUUAUUUUCCUUUCUACAAACAAAGUUCGAACCUGGGUCAUAGUGCUCAGGUGAAGGGUAUCUGUGAUCAAUUAUCUUUAGGAAUUGUGGUGGUUCAAUCUGAGUUUUGCUUUGGGCUUCUCUAUUUGCUUGAACUGUACUCAAGUUUAUGAGACCUGUUGUUACGGUUA